UACACAAAAUUUCCCUCCUAUAUAUAUUCCGUACGCUCCCGCUCCCCGGGAUACGCGUGAGCUGCACGUACUCCUCUCAGUCCACUCUCCGUCUAACGAUUCCGGCGAUUCGUCCAUUCCCUCUCCCAAAGGAGUUCAGACGAUGGAGUCUUCUUCUUCUGCUCUCUCUCGUCUGUCUCGUUUCAAUCGGCACCUUCAGCCCCCGGAGGGAUCAAUCUACGACAAGAGCUUGUUCAAGAUAUCGCCGGAGGUGUCUGAUGCUCUGUCGAGCGGGAAGGCUGUCUUGGCGCUCGAGUCCACUGUCAUAUCUCAUGGGAUGCCGUAUCCUCAGAAUUUCGAGACUGCGAAGCAGUUGGAAUCGAUCGUGCGGGAGAAUGGAGCAGUUCCCGCAACCAUUGCCAUCUUAGAUGGCGUUCCGUGCAUAGGCCUGAGCAUGGAGGAUCUGAAGAAGCUCGCUAUACUGGGAAGCAAAGUUAGAAAGACCGCUCGGAGGGAUAUCGCCCAUGUGGUGGCCGCUAGAGGCAAUGGUGCAACAACAGUUUCCGCAACCAUGUUUUUUGCUUCCAAGGUUGGAAUUUCUGUUUUUGCUACUGGAGGUACAGGAGGAGUCCAUCGGCACGGCGAGCAUACCAUGGACAUAUCAUCUGAUCUAACUGAGCUUGGAAGAACAACUGUGGCUGUUAUUUCUGCUGGUCCAAAAUCAAUAUUAGACAUUCCCAAGACGCUUGAGUAUUUGGAAACUCAGGGAGUCUGUGUUGCUGCAUUUGGCACUGAUGAGUUUCCGGCAUUUUUCACUGAAAAAAGUGGCUGCAAGGCUCCUUGCCGUGUAGAUACACCUGAAGAAUGUGCUCGGCUCAUAGAUGCCAAUGCUAUGCUGAAGUUAGGAAGUGGAAUUCUGAUUGCUGUACCAAUUCCAAAAGAGCAUGCUGCUUCUGGGAUCAAAAUUGAGAAUGCUAUUCAGCAGGCCCUUAAAGAAGCAAGGGAUAGGAAUGUCACGGGAAGUGCAGAAACACCAUUCCUGCUCCAGAGAGUGAAUGAACUGACUGGAGGAUCCUCGUUAGCAUCUAACAUUGAAUUACUGAAGAACAAUGCCCGAGUUGGUGCAAAGAUUGCAGUGGCCCUUUCACAGCUCAGACAAAAUGGCAAUGCUGGUGAUGCUGAAUCAAAGUUGUAGGCACCCGAGUUGAGGUUUGUUACCAAAACUCGUCUGGAAACCGACUGAGUCUGCACCUUUGCCGUUGUGGAGAAUCCUCGUAGAAUGCUCUUAUGGGAAAAAUGGAAUAAUGAUGGAAAGCUUAGCAGUUAGAUUUCUGUAGAUUUCUCCUGCCAAGGGUGCACUCGUUACUCGAUUGUUUUAUCACAAAUGCUUUGCUUGUCUUAGAUUGUUCGUAUUUGUUGCAGUGAUGUAUCGUCGAGUAACUUUAUA